AUGGAGCACCAAGAUCCAGCGCUGUGGGAUCACCACGAGGAAGGCAAUGCCAGCGGUGAGUACCACCAGGAUUACGAGCAUUACUAUGGCGAUCACGGCGGCUAUCACUACGGGCAGGAGCAGCAGCCGCAGGUCGAGGCUCUCGAUCCGCUACACAUCGAGGGCUUUGAUCCAAGCGCGCGUCAUCUAGACUACGACGAACAGCAGCAGCAGCAUCUCGGCGGAGGAGGUGAGCACGAUCUGAAUUUCCGGGAGCAAGGGUUUGAUCCCAACGCUUAUUUCGACCAGGCUCAUGACCCUCCCGGGCAGUAUGAUCCACAGCAGCACUAUGAUCCACAGCAGCAGUACUAUGAUCCCCAGCAGCACAAUGUCGAGUAUGAUUCACAGCAGCAGUCCUAUGAUCCCCAGCAGCACAAUGUCGAGUAUGAUUCACAGCACUACCAGGCGGAUUAUGAUCCUCAGCAGCAUGGGCAGUAUGAUCCACAGCAGUAUGAUCCACAACAGCAUGAUCCACAGCAGCCCCAGCAUCAUGAUGCUUGGUCUGGGAUCCACGACGCUUACGACCACGCAGGCCAAGCUGUUCACGAGGCUUACGACCACGCGAGGGAUGCUCUACACGACGCUUACGACCACACAAAGCACGCUCUGGAUGCUAUCAAGGUGGGCGACGCUCUCGACCACACCAAGCACGGAUUGGACAGUGCUUACGAUCGCACCAAGCACGCAGUGGAGGGCGCCUGGGACACUGUGAAGUCUACCCAAGCUUAUGGGAAAGCCGCCCAAGUUUUGGAUCAGACCAGGGAGGCAGUGGAGGGUGCUCUUCAGACCGUUCGAGAAAAGUUGCCUCCACCGGUGGUCAGAGCGUAUGAUCAGGCCAGAGCCGUGGUGGAAAGUGCCGUGGAUCACACGAAGGUGGCGUAUGAGAGUGUUAAGACGAAGGUGGCUCCGACUGUUACUAGUUUGCUCAGCCAGCUCCCGUUUAAGACCGACAAGAACAGCCUCAUCUUUUACGGUGCUAGUGUUGGCUUUGUGAUACUUCUUAUGACAGUGAUUCUCAUAGCAAUGAAGCCGAAGGGUGCGUCGAAAAAGUCCAAGCCGAAGGUGAUAAAUUAUGACGAACUGAUCGGCGCAAUGACUGUAGAAGCUCCAGUAUAUGACUAUACAAACGGUAAUAAGGGGCCACUGAACUGGGGAGCAGUUUCAAAGGAUUGGUUUCUCUGCAACUCAGGCGAGCGGCAGUCCCCUAUUGACCUGGUGAGUGCAAACGCACAGGUUGACAAGUCUCUUACUCUUGAGAAAGUGUUUGGAUAUCCCAUGGGAAGCUUAAAGUCGGGUCGCUAUAUCUAUCAGCUAGAGUUUCUUCUUCCAGGAGGCAAUCUCAUUAUCGCUGCCCAAAAGUUCAGGCUCUACAAGAUUCAUUUUCAUAUGCCCAGCGAACACAUGAUCGAUUCGACAAGGUACAAGCUGGAGAUGCAGAUGAUUUUUCUAUCAGACCAGGGAGCGUAUGCUGUCAUUGCCGUUUUCUACGAUUCGGGUCAAGUCACCAAUCCAUUUCUCAAUGAGAUCAUCAAGUGGAAGCCUACCACUCAACUCAACACAAACAACCUCAACUUGGGAACCAGUUUCUUUCGUUACUGGGGCUCAUUGACAACACCUCCGUGCACACAAAAUGUCAUUUGGACCCUGAUGACAGAGGUCGUCCCAGCUUCUGAUGAUCAGUUCAACAUCAUCAAGACCGCGAUGCAGGAGUACAACGCGAGGCCCACACAAGAUCUGAGAGGACGGCAAGUGAGCAAAAACUUCUAAACCAAGUCGAUGAACUUCCAUGACAAGCACAAAGAGUAAGCAGCGUU